AUGAUUUGCGAUUAUUUAACAAAAUUUGGCUUUCCGUCAGAUACCCCACCGCUAACACUUGCACUGGCAAUGCUUGGAGCGACAGUCGCUGGAGUCACGCUGCUCAGACUGCUCAGCGUGCUCUACGACGUCACACUUAGGAAGGGAAUCAGUUUAAAGAAGUUCGGCGCAGGUAAAGGCAGUUGGGCGGUCGUCACUGGCGCCACGGACGGCAUCGGAAGAGAAUUCGCGUUUCAACUUGCCAAAGCUGGUUUCAAUAUUGUUUUAGCAUCAAGAUCUGCUGAGAAAUUGGGCGCUGUUGCUGCUGAUUUGGAGUCCAAAUACAACAUUCAGACCAAGACUCAAUCAAUCGACUUUUCAGCUGGCGACGAUAAGUCUUAUGAGGCAUUCGAUAGGUCCAUUGAAAGUCUUAACAUUGGUGUGCUCGUUAACAAUGUCGGUAAAUCGCAUGAAAUGCCUGUUCCAUUCGAGGAAACUCCACUCGAUGAAGUCAAAAGUAUAAUUGAGAUCAACAUAAAUGCAACACUCCGUGUCACUCAAGCUGUUCUACCAAAACUGGUUGAGCGCAAGAACGGACUUGUUCUUAACAUCGGCUCAUUCGCAGGCACAGUACCAACACCAUUACUUGCCACCUACACAGGCUCAAAAUCGUUUUUGGUCAGCUGGUCUCAAGCCCUUGGCGAGGAAGUCAAAUCAAAGGGUGUGACUGUUGAAUUGGUUAACACCUACUUUGUCGUUUCGUCCAUGUCCAAGAUUCGCAGACCAUCUAAGUUAAUUCCUUUACCUGCUACAUACGUACGCUCCGUUCUUAGAAGAAUUGGCCUCUCUGGCGGUUCAAUUUCAAGACCAUACGCUUCUACGCCUUACUGGUCGCAUGCAAUUGUCGACGCCUUCCUCUGCUUGAGUGGCUUUAAGAAGCUCGAACUGUGGUACAACCACAAGAUGCAAAAGGAUAUCCGCAUCAGAGCUCUACGUAAGAAGGAACGCGAGGCUAAGAAGCAGUAA